UCCUCGCCCUCCUCCUCGCCCGCCAUGCUGCUGUUCUGCCCGGCCUGCGGGAACGUGCUGGUCGCCGAGGAGGGCACGCGCUGCCUCCGCUUCGCCUGCACUACGUGCCCCUACGUCCGCAACGUCACGCGCAAGGUGACCAGCAGGCGCUACCCGAAGCUGAAGGAGGUGGAUGACGUCCUCGGGGGAGGCGCCGCUUGGGAGAAUGUGGACUCCACUGCUGAGCCAUGCCCCAAGUGUGAGCACCCACGGGCUUACUUCAUGCAGCUGCAGACGCGCUCGGCCGACGAGCCCAUGACCACCUUCUACAAGUGCUGCAGCCCCCAAUGUGGACACCGCUGGCGGGACUGAGCCCAAAGACACGCAGGCCGCUUCCUACAAAGUCACUUUAUUGGCCAAUGAGUCCCACAUCCUCUCCCCUCCCCCCACUACACCCACUUGUUCCAGUUCAAUUCGUAGGGGAACACGCGGCCCAUCUGCAGGAGGCAGUCCACGGUCGGCUCGUAGAAGGCAACAGGGGCCUCGCACAGCUUGGGCAGAGCCCCUUCCUCCUCCACGAGGGGCUCUGAGAAAAGGGAAGGCAACUUCUGCUCCUUCAGGUGAAAUUUCCUGAUGCAGCCCAGCGCUUCCAGUCCCUGCAAGAAGCAGCAGUCGUCAGCAUAAAGGUUUUAAAAGGGUAGAACCAGCUCUCCCAGAAGCUCUUUGCACGUGUAACAGUGCAGGAUGCUCUGAAGCAUAGCUGUUACCAUGCUGGGCCCUUUCAGUUGGCACUGCAUGGGGCGGGGCACCCACCGCGAGUUCUCCCCUGCUGCUGCUGCUUUCAUGCACAGGGAGUUUUGGGCUGGUGAUUCCAGCUUUGUCCCAGGUAGGCCACACCCACCUGUAGGAUCUCCCGGAGUGCUACGGGCUGCAGGACCCCCAGGUAAUGAUGGCACAGGGCCGAUUCCAUGAUGCCGGGCUUGGUCAUGAUGUGGCACAGCACUCCUUCCAUGAUGCCUUUACACACGGGCUUAUUCAGACUGCCGUCCACAAUGCGCCACGGCCGCCCGACAAAGUAGGUGUUUCUGUGGGGGAGAAAAGGCAGUUGGACGAGGCUCUGGGAGAUCAGGUUCAAAUCCCUGAAGAGCAGUGGCUGCUGUCGUGGUCUGGCCACUGCCCUGCUCUGCCUAUCAAAGUGCCGUGUAAAGCAGCGAGUAAAAACUGUUGUGUGAA